AUGAGAGCGCUCGGGCUGCAGGAGGCGUCCUCCUCAGCCGAGCAGCUCUGGAACCCGAGGGGCUGUGCGGAUCUCCGGCGGCAGGAUGUGAACACUUCAAUAAGUUCAAAAAAUAAGCUUAAAGAAAUAAUUAAAUUACUUGAUCACCGAAUCCAAGUUCUGCACCAAAAGAAUUUGAUGCAUGAACAUGAACCCUCAGAGAAACAGGACAGAUCAUUAACUGUACACAUGAGUGUGGUCAAAGGAUCCUCUGUAAAAGUGAAGGCAACUCCUAGUAGUCUAACAACACAAGAAAUCCCUUUUUCCAAUAGCUAUACAGUACUGAUUGGUUACAAGCUGCACAAGAUUUCCCCAAAUAUCCUUGUGGACACACCAGUGAGACCUAAUAAUGUGAAGGGUGCAGGAACCGAAGAAGACAUAACUUUGCUUCCUGCCUUGAAACAGGACAAAGAUGCUGGUAAUAAUGGUGGCAGAUCAUUAAGAAAAGCUAAUAUCACUGUAAGAUUCCUUUCCGCUGACAAUUCAAGCAGAACUGAGAUUGACAUUUACAAUUUAAAUGAUCCAAGAGAAGUCCCUGAAGUUCAUGUUAUAGCCAGCAACAUUAUGAACCAAGGCAUUAAAACUGAUACAGUAGUAUUAAAAGGCAAUGGUUUGCAAGUGGUAGUAAACAGUUCAGUGGAUAAUAAUGCGAAGCAUAUUCCUGAAAAAGGGAGAAGAACAGCCCUGAUAGUACCUGUUCAUGGAAAGACCACUGCAGAUGGCAGUAAAAGAAACCAUCCUUUCACAGUGCCUGAAUCUUUGGCAUAUCAGUUGUUGCUGUUAAUUCAACCACUACCACCACUGAAGACAACAAGUGCACUCAAAGAUGAAGGUUCACAAAGCAUAAUGACAACAAAAAUAGAAACUUCUGUAGAAGAACUAGAAAAUAUACUAACUGAUCUGAAGAUGGAAAGGGGUAUGUAUUUUUUGCCUUCCAUUAUUUUAAAAAACUUCAUUCUAAAAUUAAAGAUUAGCAGAGCUUUGAUAAAAUUGUACUUGAAGCAAGAGACUCCAUCCACUAAUGAGAAAUUGCAGUCCUCAGUAAUGGAAGAUAUUCUUCAGGAAUUACAAGACCAUCUAGCUGAAGUUCGUAGGCCUUCCACCAGUGACAGAGAGGAACCAAUGCUGAUGGACAAUAUUUAUUCAUCAAACGAACUUGAAGACCCAGAAGAAGCAGGUUACAGUGAAGAGAACCACAACAUGCUGACAGAGCCCAUCCCAGAAGAGACAGAUUUUCCGCCGUUUCCAGAUGAACCACCAUUGAUUCCUGCACUCGAAGCAAGCUCUGUUCCAAAUUUGGUUACUGAAGUGACGAAUGAACAUAUGAAUGACGCCCAAAGAUAUGAAUUCUUUGAGAAAUAUGAAGGUAUUCACGGCAGGAAAAAAUCAAAAGCUGCAGACCUUAAAGACCUGCUAAAGCACAUCAUCAUAGCCUGUGUAGCUGUCACUUGUUUGAUCUUGACUGUAAUAGUUGUUGUGCACAUAUACACUUCAUUAUUUGUGAAGAAGGAGCAGGAACCUGAUAAAACAAAUGCUGACAAAAAAGGUGGACCUGACAAUAAUGAAGUCACAUCAGCCGAGAAAACCAGAAGCCAACAACCACAUUACAAUGUUGGCAUUGAGGGAGCACAAAACCAACAACUGGAAUAUGCUGUUAACAUUGCGAAAACAGGAAGCCAACAGCCAGAAGACAGCACUGUUGGAAUUGACAACCAAAACAACAACAACUUAAGUUCACCCCCGGAAAUGUUUUCAUCAACAGACACUGAUUACAUCAAAAAGCCUUUAGACCUCCAUCCUGAUAUUUUGUCCCCUAGCUCCCCACCAGAAGACACCGGCUUGCUUCUCCCAGUUGAACCUUCAAGGCACACUGCACACAAUAGUUUGCCUUCAUACAACAGCAGCACCUCUAAGAACCUCAAAGUACAACCUAGAACUUUCAGAAUCCACCAUAGCUCUUAUAACAGUCUAGGAAAUUAUGGUAAAUCCAAAGAUCAUGACUAUAAAAGACUUCAAGCCAAAGAUACUGUUUGUUACAAAACAAAACCAAUCUGCCAAAGACCAUCUAGGCACAGACCCAAAUCCACAGAACCCAAAAGAGGACACAAAAAGGUUUCAGCUAAGCAACAUAGCUACAGCAGUUCAAGUUGGGUUGGAGAUCCUUCAUCAAAUGUUCCUGCUGCUUUAGACACUAACAAAAACUCCAAGGAGUCAAGACUGUCCCAAGAUGAUGACUCAGACUGUGCAUGUUUUCAGCAUAUCAAAGGCUCUUCUAGUACAGACUCAUAUUCGAAUUAGAGCAGCACAAAGAGGAGGGAGUUAUUGUUCAGUAUGACUGCUGUCCGGAAGUGUGCAGUCCUAUAUUUUUACCAUGGUUAAUCAUGAUGGAACCCUAUAGUAUCCUGGAGAACACACGUUGCAAUCAUGCUACUGAAUCAUAAAAAGUAGGUUUGGUGUUGGGUUACAGGAGUUGCUAAUCUGGUUUCUUGGAUUUGUCCAAUUAAAUUAUUUUCUGCUUGAAGUGUAAUAUGUGCUCACAU